UAGAACGAUGAAUCAUCACGUUAAGUAGGUCAAUGUGUGUCAGUGGAAACUUGUCAACCUCAAAUCUUAGGUUAUGUUACUACUAUCCUUUACCAUCAAACUCGAUUUUUAAAUAUAAUUUAAAUCUAAGAACAUUUGUUUAAGUAUUUAAGUGUAGUGCGUCUUACAGCCAGAACAAUGUCAAUAAACCACAUCAGAUCUCACACAAUGUUCCAUUUGUGCAAACGGACUUUGAAAGUCCAUGAGUGUUCGCUGAAUUCUAAAAUUACAACUUAUUCGAAUCACAGUUAUUUGGUGAGCAGGCGGAAUUUGCGUGUGGACUCCCUGCUGGCAGGCACAGCAGGCCAUGCCGAGACCACAAGCACCCUGCAGGGGCUCUCCAAGUUGCAGGCUCAGGAGCUGGUUCUGAGGCUGAACGAUGAGGAAAGGUCCACUUUAACAUCAGCAUUGCAUGAGUACAGGUCCAAAUUGAUCAAAGAUGAGUACGAAGGUCAGCUAGCGGCAUCGAGAUGGAGAAGUAAAUUUGGGCGGCCUGCCAAACUGCCCAAACUGGGCGACGUUGACCCUACAGGCACAUACUGCCCUUUUCCCGAAGAUUGGUUACAGAAGAAAUUUGCUGAGUCGGUGCCCAGACCCACAACUAGAAAUCUCAUAGAUAUUGCGAUUGCAAAUUCCAUUCCUUUCGUUGGAUUUGGAUUUUUGGACAACUUUUUCAUGCUGUUUUUUGGCGAUUACAUCGACUUAUACUUAGGAUCCUAUUUCUGUUUAACAACUAUGGGGGCUGCCGCUCUAGGUAACACCCUGUCCGAUAUAAUCGGAAUUGGGUCCGCGUUUUACGUGGAACGAAUGGCCAACCGGGUGGGAUUCAGCCCCCCAAAACUUUCUCCCGUCCAGAUGGAUAUGAAUUGUUCCCGAAAUGCGGCCAAUUUCGGCCGAGUGCUUGGCGUGACGAUAGGCUGUUUUUUGGGAAUGUGUCCUCUGUUGUUCCGCAAACACGACAAAGAAGAGGAACCAGAGCAGCCAGCAAGUGUAAGUGAGAAAUGAGGUCGUUUUCAUGCUGUAGCAACUACUAUCUAGUCACACAUUGCCACUAUUUAUACCUGUUUAUGUAUAACGUUAUCGACAGAAAAGUAUAUUUAAGAAAAAAAUGUACACUGAUUUUAUCAUUUGCUCGACAAUUGUGACACUGGAAUUCUAACUGUAUUUCGCCGUUGUAAAAAAAAGGUUUUAUGUAAAAAUAGUUGAUGUUCUAGAUAAGGUAAAAUGCUAUUGUAUGUUUAUGUUAACAUUUAUGAAGACUGUAUUUAUCUUGUUACAUAAAACUGAAGCUAUAUACUCAAGUUUUGGUUUUUACUCCUUUAUAUACUGUAAAUAUACCUGUUAGACGGAAAUUCUAUUUUAUGAACUAGUUUGUAAAACAUUUCAGUAUUCGACUGCCUGCUAAGGCAGAUUGAAGUCUCUUAAAGUACAAAAAAUACGUAUCAUUGUUAAAUACAGCCAGUUGAUUGACUAAUUUCUUUCACAAUAGUGGCAAAAUAUGCAUUUGAGUGUACCUUCAAUGUCUUCACCCAAAUCUAGUUGACUCGUAAAGCCCAAACUGAGUAAUUCUCAAACGGCUUAUCAACCGACAUGUUUUACGCUCUUUUUCGGUCUUACGCAAGAACGGUUUUCAUUCAAGUUUUGCUUAUUUGCCAACAUAUUGAACAAACUGAAUGAAUGUGUAUGAUAUAUUUUUUGCGCGAUUUUGUUAUUGCAUGCUGCUUUUUACGUUUAUUAUCUACUUCUUACCAACGCGAAGUUUAGGCAAUUAAAAUAGCAAUCUAAUUGUGAUUGGGAAUCUUAGUUAAGGAAUUUGCUUAAUAUGAAAUGCUUUCAUUGCCACGAAGAAUGUUUUCUAUUUGAGAUUAACAAGACUUAACAGAGACAAUCAUCUCUAUGUGCAAACGCGAUGGGCAAACACCUGAAAAGCUCCAAAAAAGUCAAUAAAUUAGGGUUUUUUACCAGAUUCUCUUGAAAACGGUUGUAUAAAUGAAUCGAGCUUAGAUUUUAUCUGAAAAAUUAACGCAUCUUCCUCUGAAACAGGGUAAAUGUAAUACGACUGGCGUACAAUUUAAUUUAUUAACGCUUUUAAGUGUAUUCUAGUAGUUGUAGGUGUUAAUGGUUCUGUUUGAAAAUGUAAUAAAAGCUCUUUCUAAAGUGG